UCUCUCUUUAAUCUUCCUUCCCUUCAUUUAUUUCUGUCUCUCUCUCUUUCCCUUACUUUCAUUCACAAACACUCUCUUUUCCUCUCUCUUCAUUCCUUCCUUCAUUUUUGUGGCUUCUGUUCAAUUCAAUCUUUUUUAAUAUAUUCAGUCGUUUCAAAAUCGAAAAUGCAGCUCACCAACCUUCUCGCUCUCGCUCUGUCCCUCGCAGCUGCUGAGGCUGCUCACAAGGGUUUCAACUACGGUGCUGCCAAGUCCGAUGGCAGCGUUAAAGUGCAGGCCGACUUCGAGGCCGAAUUCAAGACCGCCAAGAACCUCGAUGGCACCUCCGGAUUCAACAGUGCCAGAUUGUACACCAUGAUCGUGAGUACCCUGCUUCAUGCCUGGAAUCUCUCUUGACUUAGAUGGACUGACAGUCUUAUAGCAAGGUGGCUCCACGAACGACCCCAUCUCCGCCAUCCCCGCCGCCAUCAAGGAGAAGACCUCCCUCCUCCUCGGCCUCUGGGCCUCCGGUGGUGGCAUGGACAAUGAAAUCGCCGCCCUCAAGAACGCCAUCGAGAAGUACGGUGACGAUUUUACCAAGCUGGUCGUCGGUAUUUCUGUCGGUAGCGAGGAUCUUUACCGUAACUCGUACGAUGGUGUUCAGGCCAACGCCGGCAUUGGAAUCGGCCCCGACGAGCUCGCCGGCUACAUCAAGAAGGUCCGCUCGGCUAUCUCCGGCACCAGCCUGAGCAAGGCUUCCAUUGGUCACGUCGACACCUGGACUGCCUGGACCAACGGCUCCAACUCGGCCGUUGUCGAGGCCGUCGACUGGCUGGGUUUUGAUGGAUACCCCUUCUUCCAGAACACCAUGGACAACUCCAUCUCCGACGCCAAGAAGCUGUUCGAUGAGUCCGUUGAGAAGACCAAGGCCGUUGCCGAUGGCAAGGAGGUCUGGAUCACCGAGACCGGAUGGCCCGUUAGCGGCGACAAGCAGAACCUGGCUAUUGCCAACACCGAGAACGCUAAGAAGUUCUGGGAUGAGGUCGGGUGCCCUCUGUUCGACGAGGUUAACACCUGGUGGUACAUCCUCCAGGAUGCUGCUCCCACCACUCCCAACCCCAGCUUCGGUAUUGUCGGCAGCGAGCUCACCACCAAGCCUUUGUUCGACCUGACCUGCUCCAACAAGAACUCGACCAGCUCUUCCGGCUCCGGUUCCGGUUCUAGCUCCUCCGGCUCCUCUGGAUCGUCCGGCUCCAAGAACUCCGAGGGCUCUAGCUCCUCCGGCUCGUCUGGACACUCCUCCGGCUCCGGCUCCGGCUCGUCUUCCUCCGGUUCUUCUGGCUCCUCUUCCUCUGGGUCUGCUGGUGCCGACGCCAGCGGGUCCGUAACCGCCUCUUCCUCCGCCGCUGCCAGCACUGGUGGUUUCCGUGGACACUCUCGCCCCCCUUACAACUUCGGCAAGGGUGGCUACAACUUCACCCACGGCUACAACUCCACCCACCCCAGACCCUCUAAGACCUCCGGCUUCCACUCCGCUUCUACCUCCGGAAGCUCCUCGGGCUCUGGCUCUGGAUCCGGUUCCGGCUCCGGCUCCGGAUCUGGCAGCGGCAGCGGCAGCGGCUCUGGCUCCGACUCCUCCAGCAGCACUGGCAGCUCUCCCUCUUCUAGCAUCACUCCUUCCAGCGGUGCUGCCAGCCUUUCCACCUCCAUCUUCGGUGCUGCCGUUGCUGUCGGUGCUUUCGUCGCUCUGCUGUAAACGUUUUCUCUUCCGUCAUUUUUAUUUCUAUGAGACAUGACCGUGCAACUUGGCGCGUUGUGUCAUUUAUUUCAAAGUAAAUAUUUCCACUCGUUUGAUUGCAAACUUGCGCAUCAAAGAUUGAGAGUGCUUUUCAAAGAAUAGAGAUAUUACCAUCUUUUUCGGGUAUGCAUUUUUAUAGAUUUCAAUGGGAUUUUCGGAUUUUAGACUUCAAUGAUGCCCAACGCGGUACAUCGCCAAUAUUACGUGUAUGAUAUCUUGGUCUGCUACUGUUGCAAAGACUGUCUACCUCGGAGCUUUACUACGUACAGACUCGAAAGAUAUCUUUUUCUGGGGUAUUGCUGCAACAGUUUCUUGCUUGAUUCAUACAGGCUUUUGAUUACAUUCUAUGUACUCGGAUAUCUUUCUCUUUGACAGUCAGGCCCUACGGGUGCGAGAAGGGGCAUCUCGAAUCUCGGAACACAUGAAUCGUUAAUGCAUCCAUGUGUCUACUUAGCAGCAGCGUUCAUUCGGCCGCUCCCUGGCAUCUUCUUAUCCUCUUUCUCCGUCGUCGCCUGCAGAAAAUAUCAUGUUUAAGUAAAAUCGGCACUUAGUUUAACACCAAUCCAUCUCGAAAGGAAAUAAAAGGAAAAACAUAUAUAUGCGACCAGUAUUUCCUGUGUUACCUUACCCUUCGUAUAGACAGCACAACACUGUCCGUGAACCAAUUCUCUAUCACUUUACAACUGCAUCCUCUGACGAAACAAUAACAUAUGCUGUGCCUAGAUCUACCUGUGCCGUCCAUCGCACUUAAAUUAAAAGAUGACGUCACAUCCCGCCUACGUCGUCCCAUUCAAUCGAGUCCAUUGCGAAUGAGACUGCCCUAGAAACAGGAUUCCGUUGAAUCUUUCAUCGCCAUAUCUAAGAUGUGGAGGGACGGGUGGG